UGGGCGGAUCUGCAGGGCUUGGGCCGUGGCCGGAGAAUGGCGAACGUGCGAGUAGCCGUGAGGGUCCGGCCUCUCAGCAAAAAGGAGACCAAAGAAGGGGGCAGAAUUAUUGUGGAAGUUGAUGGCAAAGUGGCAAAAAUCAGGAAUUUAAAGGUGGCUGAUCGACCAGAUGGCUUUGGGGACUCCCGGGAGAAGGUUGUGGCAUUUGGUUUUGAUUACUGCUACUGGUCAGUCAAUCCAGAAGACCCCCAGUAUGCAUCUCAGGAUGUGGUGUUCCAGGAUUUGGGAACAGAAGUGUUGUCUGGAGCUGCCAAAGGCUACAAUGUAUGUCUUUUUGCCUAUGGACAGACAGGCUCUGGGAAGACAUAUACCAUGCUGGGGACCCCAGCCUCUAUGGGGCUGACACCACGGAUAUGUGAGGGUCUCUUCGACAGGGAGGAAGACUAUGCCUCACUGCCUUCCUCCUGUAGGAUAAAAGUAAGUUUCCUGGAAAUCUAUAAUGAACGGGUACGGGAUCUCUUGAAGCAACCUGAUCACAAAAAGUCCUAUACUCUACGAGUCAGGGAACACCCAGAGAUGGGGCCAUAUGUACAAGGUUUAUCUCAACAUGUAGUUACCAACUAUAAGCAAGUAAUUCAACUCUUGGAGGAGGGAAUAGCAAACAGAAUCACAGCAGCCACCCAUGUCCACGAGGCCAGCAGCAGAUCUCAUGCCAUCUUCACCAUCUACUACACACAGGCCAUCUUGGAGAACAACCUCCCCUCUGAAAUUGCUAACAAGAUCAACCUUGUGGACCUAGCAGGCAGUGAAAGAGCGGAUCCCAGUUACUGUAAAGACCGGAUUACUGAAGGAGCCAAUAUCAACAAGUCCCUCGUCACUCUGGGAAUCGUUAUCUCCACCUUAGCCCAGAACUCCCAAGUAUUCAGCAGCUGUCAGAGUCUCAGUAGCACGGCCAGUGAUGGUGGUGAACGUGGGAUCCCUAGCCCUCCUUCUGGGAUCAGUCGUGGAGGGGGGACCUCUCGGAGGCAGUCUUACAUCCCAUAUCGGGACUCUGUGUUGACCUGGCUGCUGAAGGACUGCCUUGGAGGCAACUCCAAAACCAUCAUGGUUGCCACUGUAUCUCCUGCACACACUAGCUACAAUGAGACCAUGAGCACGCUGAGAUAUGCAUCCAAUGCCCAAAACAUCAUCAACAAGCCACGGGUGAAUGAGGAUGCAAACGUCAAGCUGAUCAGAGAACUCAGAGAGGAGAUUGAAAGAUUGAAAGCAAUGUUGCUGAGCUUUGAACUGGUGUGUGGACAGCCAGAACCUUUCCAUACUCAAUGGGACUUCAGUUCAUUGAGUGAUGAAAGUGAUGAAAAUCUGAAGGAGCUGGUUCUCCAAAAUGAAUUGAAGAUAGACCAGCUGACUAAAGACUGGACCCAGAAGUGGAAUGACUGGAAGGUCCUCAUGGAACAUUACAGGGUGGACAUCAACAGGAGGAGAGCUGGGGUAGUCAUUGACUCCACCAUGCCACACCUGAUGGCUUUGGAGGACGAUGUGCUCAGCACAGGUGUGGUGCUCUAUCACCUUAAGGAAGGAACAACAAAAAUAGGAAGGAUUGACUCAGACCAGGAACAGGACAUUGUCCUGCAGGGUCAGUGGAUUGAGAGAGACCACUGCACUAUCACCAGUGCCUGUGGGGUAGUUAUUCUGCGACCUGCCCAGGGGGCUCGCUGCACAGUGAAUGGCCGGGAGAUCACUGCUUCCUGCCGCCUGACCCAAGGAGCAGUCAUAACCCUGGGCAAAGCCCAGAAGUUCCGAUUCAAUCACCCAGCAGAGGCUGCUGUCCUGCGGCAGAGGAGGCAGGUCAGAGAAACUGGUGGUGGCAGUGGCUCUUUGGAAUGGCUGGACUUGGAUGGAGAUGUUACUGGCUCCCAGUUGAGUCUCUGCCCUUGGCUUUGGAAGAAAAGGAGAGUGCUGGAAGAGCAAUGUGGAGAGCAGCAGCAAUGUGGAGAGCAGCAGCAGAGGGCUGGAGAGACAUCCCACAGGGUCCAGAUUCAGCAGCAGCAGUGCUAUGUGGAGGAUUUGAGACAAGAAAUUCUAGCAGGACAGAUUAGAGCUGAGCAGGAACUGGAAUUUGAUCGGACGCGCAUCAACCAGCAGAUUAAAGACAACCAGCAGUGGCUGCUUAGAGAAGAGACCUGGCUGGCCAGCUUGCAGCAGCAGCAGCAGCAGCAGCAAGACUAUGUAGCAGAAGGAGGACUUGAGGCCUCUGUGGCACCUGAUGUUCGGCUUCAGACAGAUUCUGAGGUGCAGCUAUCCACACUGGCCCGAAGCCAGAAGAGGGCGGCACAACAGCAGCUUCUACGGAGACACGCUCUUUGGGCAGCAGAACCGACUGUCCGGCAAAAAAAGAUCACAUUCCAGCUAGAGCGAAUCAUCAAGAAGCAGAGGCUACUGGAGGCCCAAAAGAGACUGGAGGACCUCAAGGCAUUGUGCUGGCUCCAGGAUGACAGCAUCCAAAAGUCCCCAGACGAGAUCCCUGGUGCUGAUGCUAUGGUCCCAGGGCCUCAGCAUGGAAGUAAAUCAACAAGUUAUAGUUCUUUGAGCCUCCAAAGGCUCUGCAGCCAACACUUGCCCCAGCCACACAGUGUUUUUCUUGAAUCUGCUAACAUCCAGGAAAUGGAGAGAGUGGGUGAGCAGCCCUAUCAGAUGGUGUUCCAAGGCUCAGCAUCUCUGAGCCAAUCAGCUAACAAGCUAAAGCCAAAGGAUGAGCCAGAGGCCCUUACCCCUACCACCUGGACCAGAAAGGCUAAGGGAAUAACAAACUCCAGCCACAUGCAAGCAGAGUGGCAAAAAGAGGGGACCCUUGGGACCCACAAGACUGCCAAGGGAAUUGGUUGCAGUUUCUCACAUCCUUGUGAACCCAAACAGGCAGCUGGGCAUGGAAAGACAGCUAAGACUUUCCAGACAGAAGCCAAACCAGCAUCUCCAAACAGGGCAUCAAAAAGGCAAUGGAGAGUGUUGGCAGCUAGGGCCAGAGACAUUGCCAAAAAGUCCUCUCAUUUACCUCAUGGAAACCCUUUGAAGAGGCAACAUACUGCAGGGGACCCAGACAACGUGGCCCCAACCACAGAUUCCAGCCUAGUAGUGGAUCAUGCAAGAGAAAAUGAUCUCUCUGAUAUAGAUAGCAAUUACUCAGUGGAUUCUCUCUCCUGUGUCUGUGCCGAAGCCCUAAGGGAGCCCCUGAAGACAGAGGAACCUCAGGGAAAGAAGCUGGAUUUUCCAGAGCUAGAGAACUCUGAAAGUGACGACAGCCAAAUAUCUGAGGACUCACUGGCUGAAAAGGGGUACCAAACUCAAAAAUACAGCCCAGAGGGCACUCAUCUCACCAAAGGCCAUGGCCAUCACAAGGCCAGAACUAGAACCUCUGUGAGGAGCUUCACCAUACCCUUAGACAGUGAAAUAUUUGCUUUAGCUCACAGGAGCUUUUCCUUGGAUAGCCUGACUGAUGCUGAGGAAGAAAUGGGGGAAAGUCAGCUAGAAGAGCCUUUACUUGGUUCAGCUGAUGAGAUUCCCACAGAGACUUUUUGGCGCCUGCAGAACUCCAGUAUGCCUAUAGUGGACCAGAAGGCAAUGAGCAAGCUUGGUGCUGUCAACGAAGGAACAGGAGAUAGGCAGGAUGCCAUCCUGCCAACAAGCAGUUCGUUUUACCUUGAUCCAGAGUUGCAGCCUCAUUGUGGGCAGCCUGAGCCAGCAGUGGAGGCAUGCUACUCUGAACAAGCCAGCUCUCUCCAAGGCAUGCAGCUUUCAAGAGGGAGCCCACUAAUGUCCAUGGAUUCCUGGUUUUCCUGUGACUCAAGGAUCAAUCCCACUAGCCCUCCAGGAACAGUAGGUUCUUUUUGUACAAGUCCUGAUGUCCAGGAAUUUCAAUCCUGUGUUUGGGAGAGGCCUGGAUACUGGAUAACUAUGGAAGAACCAAAGCCAUCAGUUACAGAAACAGUCCUGCCAUAUCACUUUCAAGUGUUCCAAGGCAGUGGUGAGCUACCCUGCAAUGCAAGAGAUGUGGACACUACUCCAGUUUCUGAUACAUCCAUGCUGUCAUUCAUGGGAUUUCACAGGUUUCUUCAACCAGAAACUGAUAGCAUCUUUCAGGGAAGAGGUAUCCCUAACAUAUCCCAGCAGGAUGAAUCUGAAACAUCAAACAACUCCAGCAUGUCGAGUGUGUUGGCUGCCUCUGCUGCCUCAUUCACGCAUAUCGGCAGUGCCUGUGAAAGGGACUGGACUGCCCUUCAGCAAAAGUACCUCCUUGAAUUGUCUCAUCCUGGUUUGGAGGCCCUAGAAGAGCCCAAGCCACAUUUCCCCUGCCUUGAGGAAGACUUCGGUUCUCUGGCCCAAGCUUCUGGAAAAGGGGGAGAUUCUCUGCCUGAGGUAUCUAGCAGUCUGGAUUUAAAAAAUAUUCCCAUCCAUCUAUCCAAGAUUAGGCGUUUGAAAGCAGAGAAAGAACAGGACAGUUUGAGUACCAAGUUAGAAGGUACUUCAGAUUUAUUUAGAACUAAUGAGAAAGAGGUGAAUUAUAAUGGAACUUCUUCAACAGACUUAGAUUCAUUGAAUUCUGGAACUACAAAUGCACAAAUCUUUGCAGGAGAGAGCAAGAUACCAAAUUCCGUGAUGGAAAUAUGUGAAAUCAAACUGAACAACUUAGAGGAGUGCCCUCAGGGUAGCAGAGAACAUGGACUGAUAACUUCCUCUGAUGAGUGCUUCUUACUGAAGAACCCUUGUCACAGUAAUGGCACCAUCAUAGCCACCAAAGAAAACAACUGGCCCCAAGGCUGGGCUCCUCUCAUGGAGAAUAUCGCAGGCCAGUCAGGGCAAUUAUGGCACAAUAGCUACCAUCCCCUGCAGGAAGAGAAGGCAGAUUGCCAGGAGAGUUCCAAAGAAGUAGUUGGAAGAGACACAAAAUUUUCCUUUGCCUUUUCAUCAGAUCCAGAACCGGACCUUCACUGUACUCCUUGGGCUCCAUUCCCAUCUCCCCUGCAGCCACCUCCCUUGGAAACAUUCUAUGUGACCAAAAGCCGGGAUGCCCUGACAGAAACUGCCUUAGAGAUUCCAGCUUGUAGAGAAGCGGGGGUGCCUUCCCUGCCCCUCCAGGAAGCCUGGGUCUUUGGUCAUGGCCAUCAAAUCCUCCAAGAUGUUUAUUUGAAGGAUAAUUUGCCAGGGCCAUUACAAAACCAGAAUUCCAAGAUUGACUUAUCUUUGCAGGUUGCAGCAGAGAGGCCAGUUGAUUUGAACACCGGGGAAGUUAUAGGAGAAAUAGAGAAAUGCCCUGGAAAUAUUAAAGAAGAAAGUUGUAAUUCAGUUUAUUUUUCUGUUUCUCAGAAUGGAAAUUUUCUCCUUUCUACCAGUACAAAAGUGUGUGAAUUUGAAAAUCAGAUUGGAAUUUUAAAUAUAAAGCAUAGUCUUCUAACACCCAAGGGUAGAGAAAACGCCACUGCUCAGUCCUGUUGUAAUGCUUCCCCAAACAAUUCUGGAUCUGGGAAGCCUCUCCUUGUUUGUGAAUCUAAGGCAGGUGGGGAAGAAGAGCAGGGUCAGAAAGCAGUCCUAAGGCAGACCCAGGCCUUUGAUAUAAACAGACAUUUUCCUUCUGGGACCGUGUCUGAUUUCAUCCAUAAAACCAUUAAUUUAGGCCUUGAGAAAGACAUACCAGGGGAAACUGCUGUAUUUUUGAAGUCUAGAUCAGUAGAUCAUAAUGUAAGCAGCCCAGUGAUAGUAGCCCAGGAUGAGAGCUCAACCCACAAGUGGGAAGGGAAGAAUGCAACUGGGCAACUUAGAAAAGCUCCCCAUCCCAGAGACAGCUUAGAAGAGCUUAAGCUUCCAGGUGCAGACUCUACAUAUGAAAGAGUCCAGUCAGUUACAUCUUCUAAGGAAAGAAACCCCAAUGAUUGCAAGGGGCCUGGAAAGUCCCAGGAAAUGUUAAAUCCCAAAGAACCCUCUGGGAAGAAACAAAAUAAACGAGUUAGUAAUGCUGAGGAAAUGGCUAGGCUAAUUAGGAGCGUGGUACAGCUGGAAAAUGGCAUCUUGGAAAUAGAAUCCAAGCAGAAUAAACAGCUACUUGCUUCCCAAAUACCACAAGUCAGUAAGGAGAUUGUGUUCCAGAACUGGAAGAACCAAGAAAAGACUGAGCAUGUCCUAAGGCCAGGCAGCUCUGGAGAACCCCUGUCCUUCAAGGAUCAGCCACCUUCUCCAAAACAGAAGGACAUUGUUAUUUUUAGGGAUAAUGAAGCUGAAGAAAUGAAGGAGCUUAAUAUUUGCAUUGGGAAAGAGCCUCAGGUAGAGAAAGUAAACCUGAGCCCUUUCGAGAAAAGGGAAUAUAUAGAAAAGACUAAAUUUGUGAGACAGCAUAAUCACCCUGAUGCAUUAGAUAGAUCCUCCAAGGACACUUGUGAUUCUUUAGGGAUACACACAGCUCACAGAGAGCCUGCUAAUACUUCUGUUCACCCAAGGAAAAUGAAAGCAUUAUCUAGAGCUCUGCCAUUUGAUCCCAGGUCAGAGAGGUCUUUUGAAAAUGAGGAUGAGUUGUUCAAAGCAUCAGCAAGCCCCAAAGGGCAGCCUUGUGGCUUGGGAAGUCUUGAGGAAUUGGAGACUGUGAAAGGUGCUGAACAUAUAAACAGUUCCAAGCAAGAAAAGCCAAAAGUUCAGGGCAGAGUUGAAGAUACGGCUUUGCAAAGGGGAGGGAGCCUACAGGAGAAAAAUAAGAUGGUUUCAACUCAGAAAUUUCAUAGUCCAAGCCAAGUUUUUAAGAGCGAAAUUUGCAGCCAGAAGACUAUCUGCCCAUUGCUGAGCCAGACAGACUAUUCUGUAGCUCCUUCUCAGCAAGACCUGAGUAACACCUUGCCCUCAAGUUCUCCAAGCUUGGCAAGAAACUGUCUUCACGCACCUGAUACUAUAGGUAUCUCUUCAGUUGAUUAUAUGCUAGAUCCCACAAUGUUGAAAAUUCAUGACGGCCCUUUGGUUACUGGAGUAGGGGAUCAGGACCAGAGUCAAAAGACCAAAAGCCAUGGUCCUCAGGAAAAUGCUAGGGGGGACUCCUCUGUGGCACACUCUUCUUGGUGUGGGUGUGCAAUAACCAUGGCCAUGGGAUCUCAUGGUCAACCUAAUGAACCAGAGAGCAUGCCCCUGGGGGCUGAGAACAGGAUCUCAGCAAGCACCACCCCCCAAGACAAGGGAGGGGACCUCAGAGGCACCUUGAUCGACUUGAGAACCAAGGAGGGUUUUGUACCUGAAGCAGGGGCAACUGUACAAAGAGAGAGAAAAACCCUGAAUGAGGUCUCCAGCCAGCUUGAAAAGAGGACUGGUUGCCCCUUAGAAGAUGGAAACUACCAAGGCAGGGAGAUAGGGCAGAAGACAGAGAAUAAUACCAAGGACUUCAGUCUUACCAGCGAUGUUUUCUCAGCACCUGUUUCCCUGCUGAGGGUACCUAAUCCUGAGCCCAAGAUGUUGGAGCCUUCUGCGCACACAUGCGUGUACCUGGUUAUGUUGGAAGAGAUCAGACAGGCCCAGAAUAAACAGCUUAAUAACUUUGUGGCUGGAGGAACAGCCCUUCCUUUCCAUGAAACUUUCCUAGAAUCUGAAUGUUCUUCAGGGGUUCCUGAGAGGUCUCAGUGUAAACAAAUGGGCGAGUCAGUGUCAGACAGGACUAGAAAUGAGGGGGAAGCCCAGGAAUUUGAUGUGGCAUUUCCAUUUGCUGAACCAGGACAUUUGCUGACAGAUGAGAGGAAAGUCCUUCAGGUCACACCCCUCCCUGCAGACAGUUUUCAGCUUCUGCCCAACACUGAAAUGAACAAAAGGGCGUGGUACGCCUCCCAGGCUUCCUCCCAUGAUAUCCCUGCUCUAGGCAAAGGUGAUUGUCCUGGAGAUCUGAGACAUUUCCUGGGAGCAGGUGAACAGUUUACAUGGCACUCUGGUUCUUCCAAAAUCACAGAGGAAAAGAAAGAAGCAACCAGAACACCUUACUUUGCUGGUUCUUUGGGCUCCGACUGUCUUCCUUCUUCAGCUACAGAAGAGGACCAGAGGGAAGUACUAGAGAAAAUACCUGACUUAUCUUCUCAGGCCCCCUUUGAUGUUCCCGGACUGGUUUUGCGUGAAAGAAGUCAUUUAGCCCCAUGUGAGAGUGCAGGGGCCAUGACCCCUGGUAGUUGGGAAAGCAGCCCAGAGUACCAGGAACCUAGAAUUCUGGAUACUACAUAUGGAGGAAGUCCAGAUAACCUCUUAGUGACUUCACAGCCAGAAAAAAAAACCUGUUUUGAAAGUCAGUCUGUGAUCUGUGGUGUUCAGAAUUCUGCAUGUUUCUCAGGGCCUAAGCAAGACCAUGUCAAAUGCCUUGAGAGAUCCACAGGCUUAGACGAAGUGAAGGCAAGGCCCAAACAAGGUAGCAUCCUGUCUGGAGACCUUAGAAAGGUUGAACUGGAAGAAUCCUCACAGCAGUGUGUGAAGUGGAAGGGGAGUAGUGGGUUUGGGCUGGCAGAAGCCCGCAAGGCUGGCAGCAAACAUCCUGGGCCGUCUUUAUUCCCAGAUCAAAGACCUAUCCCAUAUCCUGAGGGAGUCAGAGAGGAGGCACCAUUCAGAUGCCCAGAGGAAACCCAAGAUUGCAUUAUCUCAAGGAGCAUUGAUGACAUCAGUACUCUCAGCCCAUCUGCGGGGCAAGAAGAGAGCAAAACUCUUCCUUCCCAACAACUGUGCAAUUCUCAACCCAUUGCUUCUCCUACCAGUUCCUCCCUUUCCUCUAGUUUAUUCUGUUAUGGAGAUGGUGACCUGGAGAAGGGUCCCUGCAGGGCUGCCCCAGGUGCUGUCCAUCCACCCUGCAUAGUACCUUCCAGGGCCUGUGGCAUGGGUGAGAGAAGAGAGAGUUCUUCCAGGGAACAUAGCCUUGAGUCCACAGGCAUUAAUAUGGAAUCUGGGCCAACAGAUAGUCACAUUCUGGUACCCUCAGAGACUGCUGCUAACUUAGCUCUGGCUCAAGGCUGCAGCUCCCGAUUGGACCCUGAUGUGAGGACAACUUCCUUCAGACACUCAAGGCCCAGGUCAGUAGAGGGUCCUGAGAAAAAGUGUUUUGAGAAGAGAACCAGCACAGAGCUUAAGGCUGUCCUUUUACAGACAGUUAUGUAUUCUGAGCUUCUGAAGAAGUUUCAGAACGGCAGUGUAGGUGACCGGAGUGCCCAGUUGCUUCAAACCAAGCCAGAACCACCUACAACAAAUGGGAGGCCAGACACCCUGAAUUUAAGUGGAGGGUCUGUUGAGAGUGAGCUAGCUGUGGAGCCACAGCACGGAUAUGUAGACAAUAACUUCAGAUGCCUUCCAAAAAAGCCACAACUUUCCAUGGAGUCCAGGGAUCACAGUUCCUUGGAUCCCCAAGCCAAGUUUGUAGCAAAGUUAAAACACAUCUGCAGUACCCAGGCUGACAGUCUCUGGGAGGAGGAGGAGCAGCAGAAAGACCAGGCUUCGGGUGAUGGCAAAGCCCCUGCCCAGGGUGGGAAUCCCCCACCUUCAGAUGAAGGGGGCUCGGAUGGCAGCCAGAUUAAUGACUCCAGGAUAGAGGAGACGGCUGUGUCCAAGCCAGAGAGGCUCUCAACAGACUUCAUAGACUCGGCCACUGUGCUUUUGGGGCAAAGUAGCCCCCAGCCUUCUGCUGAGAGGCUGGGCCAGUCCAACUCUGACAGGGAGCAGGCACCUCCCCACCACAGGUACCCAGCUCCUGUGAUUGCAGUCUUUUCUGGCCCCAGACACUCCCUCAAGACAUUCCCCAGACCACAGUUGUCUGUGGUCAGCAACUCCCGGUCCCUUCAUGAGCUGAACUUGAGUGUGGAGCCUCCUUCCCCCACAGAUGAGGAUAACCAGGGACCUAACAGAUUAUGGAACCCACACCCCCAGGAUCCCUGGGAUGACUCCUUAGGAGUGUUGACGGUGAAAACAUCUCUGGAAGCUGAGGACUGCAAUCGGAAAGCCUCAUCUAACCUGGAUGGUAGGACUGCUGAUCACAGGUCCCUGAAACCUGCCACCCCUCCUUACCCAGUAUCGUCAGCUCUCUCAUGCAUGCCAACCCCUGAUUUUAUGGCCAGCUGGAUGUCUGGUACCCUGGAGCAAGCCUGGGAGGGAAGGCCAGAGAAGUGUCUCUCUAAGGCGGACAAAGGAAUGUUGCACUUUGGCUCCAAUGACAUCGAUCCCUAUAACCUGCCCUGGCAUCCAGAGAGGCCUGGGCAAAUUGGCUGGAAGCAGUAUGUGUUUGGCGGUGCAGUCGAUGUCUCCUGCAGCCGGACAUCUCAGGGUGUGAUACCAUCAAAUGUGGCCCAAUGCUCCAGCAUGGACAAUGGCUUCGAAGACCAGAACUUCCCAUUUCACUCCCAUCUCAGCACCUAUUCCAAGGCCUGGAACGUGUCAAGCACGUGUGGCAGCAUUGAGAAUAUCGAGGGCUCAAAUGAUGGUUUGGAGGUAUGGGGUUCCUCAUUUGCUUUGGGGGACCUCCACAUCAUGACAGGCACUGAUGGAGCAGCCCCCAUGAGGGGUCCUGACAAGAGAUCCCAGUUCAAGGCCCUCCCUGAAAAAAUAGGCUGUCUGAAGAGUGAGUCCCCUGUGGCUGAAGGAAGUGCUUCAGGUCCAGUGGAUGAAAUUAUGCUGCUACCUCCAUCAGAGGCAGUCCACUCUGUGGGACAGGCCAGGAAGGACACCUUUGAGCAGGGCACACAGACUGUAGGCUGCAGACUGAAUCAGCACUGCACUGAUGUCUCCUCUGCCAAGUCAGAAGCCAGUACAACAGCAGUCUCUGAUCUGGCCUCAUGGACCAGCAUGCACAAUCUGUCUCUCCAUCUCUCACAGCUCUUGCACAGUACAUCAGAACUGCUGGGGAGUCUCUCCCAACCAAGUAUGGCUGAAAAGGAGCAGAACACCAAGAAUGAGACCCCAGAUGAGGCACCACUGACCCUCAUGAUGGAUGGCUGUACUCAGACCCCUGUGGAUAAGGGCAGCCAGACUGACUUGGCCUCAUCUGCUCUGCCCCUUCAAGCUCCAGAGGCUAAACCUCAGGAAGUCAGUGUGAAUCUUGAAGUGCUGGGCUCAAAUACCAUGACUGUGUCUCAAGAAAUGGGAGAUGCUCCAGUGGCACUUCAGGAGAGAGAGGCAACAGAAGCAGCACAGGGAACAGCAGGACCUCCAGAUCUUCAGGAGGAAAGCAUCCAGUGUAGGCCCCAGAAGCCUCCAGUACCUUCAUCCUACUUGAAGUUUCAGAAAGCACCCCUUGGGCAGAACCUCCCUUCUUUGAGCCCCCAAACUUCUGAUGUUUCCCUGCCUCCUAGCUCUCAACCAGAGGUAUCCUCUUGCCUAGCUGUCAGUAGGCAUAGUCUUAGCAUCUCUCAAUCCCCAGAGUCCAUUGGGGAGCCUAGGACUGAGAAGCAGCAGCAGAGCCUCAAGUGUGCCUUGUUGGUGGACAGGGCCUCCUCCCCAAUCCUCACACUUAGUGCCAGCACCCAAGGGUCAUGUCUCCCCCCAUGCUGUUUGUCUCUCUCAGCCCCUUCAGCUCACACCCUUGAAGGCCAUCGGAAGCUUGACUCUAGCCCAGACCUUUCUUUUGGUGCCCCAAGGCCUCCAAUGGAUAAUUAUUCUCAAACAACUGAGGAGUUAGUUGGAUCCCAGGGAAUUGAGACUCUGUGUGGAGAAGGCAGAAGUCCUUUAGAAAAGAGUGAUGGGAGUUCCUUAGGCAACCAGCAGAGCCCCAGAUUCCAAGAUAAUUUCUUAGGACAACCCUCUCAGCAGCUUCAAUCCAGCCCCAUUCAGGUAAUACCCAACCGGGUGCAAAGCGGACAGCUGUCUCCACGAUUGAGGAGCAGAAGCCCGAAGCUGGCCAUUAGCUUUGUGCCUGAGGGGGUGGCUUCCCCAGAGCAUGGCCCACCGAGCAGUAGGGGGCGAAGUCAAUGGCAGAGCAGGACAGAAAAUGGGGGUGAGAAUUCAGCCCUUAUAAUGAAGUCACAGCCCACUCCAGACCGUUUGUCUUUGUGGGCAGGCCUCAAACACCUCAGCCCCUGUCCUAUUUCUGAGUUGACUGAUACUAUAGCACUCCAAGGGUCUGCCUUGGGCCCCCUUGGGACCUGCCAUCCUGAGGGACUUUUGAGCCCUAGCCCUCAGGUGUACAUAGUCCCUGAGCCCCAGCAUCACAGCUUGAGUGACCUUCCAAUGCAUAACAAGUUCAGGAACUGGGGCGGGGUGCAGGGUGGCUCUUCUGGGGGAAAUGGUGUGACCAAGGAGCUGGGGAUUGGAUGUGAUCUCAGCUCUGGAGAGCAGGUAGAGAUGUCCCCACAACCUCCUGAGGAUAAGAGCCAGGAUCGUGAGUGGUCCCAGGGGAAACAGGUCCCCCUGCAAGUUGGGGCUCAGAACUUGCCACUCAGCAUGGAACUCACAGAAGCAAGACUGCACCAUGGCUUCGGAGAGGCAGAUGCCCUGCUGCAGGUGUUGCAGAGUGGGACUGGGACGGCACUCGCUCCUGACGAACAUGCUGUCUCCACCUGGAUGGAGCUCUAUGUCCGGCAAAAAAAUACCAUUGAGACCCUCCGGAGAGAGCAGGCUAAGCAACUUCAGAACUUCCGCCGGACUCGGAGCCUCAGUUCCCAGAAACAGCUGAGCCUCCUGUCCAGCAUGGAUUUCCCCACCCGUGACCUUGACUUACCUAGCCGGCGCCGAGAAUACCUGCAACAACUGAGGAAGGAUGUUGUAGAGACCACUAGGAGCCCAGAGGCUUCAUCAAGACCUGCUCACCCUCCCUCUGAUGUAGAGCUGAUGCUGCGAGACUAUCAGCGGGCCCGCGAGGAGGCCAAGGUGGAGAUUGCCCGGGCCCGAGACCGACUGCGGGAACGAACAGAGCAGGAGAAGUUAAGGAUCCGCCAGCAGAUUGUAUUCCAGCUGCUGAGGGAAGAGGAGAAACUACACACCCUGGCCAACGCUAGUCCCUUGUGCACCAGCUCCAAUGGAAGCCUUUCCUCUGGAAUCACCUCUGGUUAUAAUAGCAACCCAGCCUUGUCAGGCCAGCUGCAGUCCGCAGAGAGUCUGGGGUACACAGACUCACCUGAUGCCAGGGAUCCCUGGCUAGGAGAUGGGUGGGGCCGCACUGCAGUAAGGAACAGGCAUCUGUAUCUGGCUGGGUCCACUUGGAAGAGCUCAGCCUAUGGCCACAGAGCCUCCCUGGGCAGUUGCUGCUAUUCUCCAUCCAGCCUGUCUGGCUUAGGGUCCUGCUUUUCCUCCUCUUACCAGGAUUUGGCCAAGCACAUUGUGGACAUUUCUAUGGCUGACGUAAUGGCUGCUUGUUCAAAUAACCUGCACAACCUCUUCAAGCACCAGGCAGCAGCUGGCUGGAAAUAUCAGGGUGAGGAGCAGGAAGUGCAGCUUUACUACAAGGUGUUUUCUUCAACUCGGCAUGGCUUCCUGGGGGCAGGUGUGGUGUGCCAGCCACUGCCUCAGGUGUGGGCAGCAGUGAGUGAUCCCACCUUAUGGCCCCUGUAUCACAAACCCAUCCAGACAGCAAGGCUGCAUCACCGAGUGACCAACAGCAUCAACCUGGUGUACUUGGUGUGCGAUACCACCCUGUGUGCACUGAUGCAGCCACGGGAUUUCUGUUGUGUCUGCGUGGAAGCCAAAGAGGGCCAUCUGUCCAUCAUGGCAGCUCAGUCUGUGUAUGAUGCCUCCAUGCCAAGGCCUAGCAGAGAAAUGGUGCGUGGAGAGAUCCUGCCCAGUGCCUGGAUCCUGCAGCCACUCACUGUGAAUGGGCAGGAGAUCACCAGAGUCAUCUUCUUGUCCCAGGUAGAACUUGGUGCUCCAGGCUUCCCCCCUCAGCUCCUGAACUCCUUUAUCAAACAGCAGCCACUGGUUGUAGCCAGACUGGCUUCCUUCCUUGGUAGCUAGCAUCUCACUGUCAUGAAGGUGCUGCUGAGAUGCAGGCCCAGGACACUCCGGAGGGACGCUGCUGUGGCAGCAACUUGUCACUCUCUCUACCCUGAUGCAAGAAGAGCCAAGGCUACUUGCUGUAACCUGCUGGGCAGACAGCACUCAGCCUAGAGCUGCCAGCAAAGCCCAUCAAUCCUUGGUCACAGCUGGCACCACUGCAGAGCAAGGGGUCUGAGCUCCUGGUCCUGGCCGUCCAGGGUGUAGGAAGCUCAGUUCACCUUUUAGAUUUCUCACCUCACGCCAUACAGCUGCUCAAGGUCCGGGAUUGGGCACAUCCUGCAGAAGAAGGGGACUGCAGUGCUCUGGCAAGGUGCUUCCUUAGUUCAGCCAGCCCUUGGGCUGGUAGGAAAGCAAGCAGCCAUAGGCUGAGACUCCGUUCUGAAUCUGCCUCCAGCAUUCAGCGCCACUGUGGGAUGGAGUGUUAACAAUACCAGAACAGAAAAAGGGUUUUAAAAAACAGCUGCACUAACCAGAAAA